AAAUAAAAACAUUGCAGACGACCGGCUACUACGGCAGACGAACAACACGCGUUUUAGUGCAUGAAGUGUGUGAUCCAGAAUGAAUUGUAUAACAAGGACAGUGCGAAUCGUGAUAAAUCAAUCGAUUCUCAUCACCGGUAGAGCAUCGAUAUUAUCAAUGAACCGAAUAUUUCCGGUGACGCGUUACGCAAGCAGUUCGCAGAGGGUGAUGUCCAAGUCGUUAUUGCAGAAACGAACGCCCAUAAUCAGCAACACUGUUGGGAAGCAAUUGCAGAAAAUUUCAUCAUCUGUUAUCAACCUGCACGAAAAUAUUCCGCCGAAGAAACGACCACGACGAAGGCGAGAAGACGAGUUUACUAAACUGGCCAACGGAUACCUCACGGUGACAGCAUUUGCAACAGCAAAAGAAUACGACUUGGAGCGCCUGCUAGCCGCUCUGAAAGACCAGAACCUGUAUGAGCCGAAGCAAUUCCUGUCUAGCGAGGACAACGACGUGGAUCCGGAUGUUUUGCAUGUCAUCGCAAAAUAUAAAGUUGGUGAUGAAUCGCGCGAUGUGUACUUCUUCCGUGAAGGUACCGUGGUGUUGUGGAACUGUACCGAUCUGGAGAAUAACAACAUUCUGCGCUUUUUGAAGCAAUUCGAAGAGGAUCCAUAUGAAGAAUCCACGGUUCUUGAGGAGAGUGAAGCGAUGUUGUACAACACCAUUGAUAGUCCUGCUCGGUUGAAGAAUAACAGCUUUUACGUUUCGACAAAUGAUGAUGCCGGUUUAGAAAAGUACACGUUUUCGAAUGCCAUGUCCCAUUCGGUGAAGCUCGGAAUUUGGGAAGCUGCCUUGGAGCGAUACAUCGAAUCGAUGGCAUACGUAACAGAGGACCUCAAGAAAGGGAAUAAAAUAACAAUUUCCCGCCCUGAAAUGCUGCGAAAAACGGGCGAAUUGUUCGCAUUCCGCCAUUUGAUAAAUCUAAGUUCAGAUCUUUUGGAUGUGCCGGAUUUCUACUGGGAUCGCGAACAGUUGGAAAAUCUAUACCAACAGACAAGUUCGUACUUUAGCAUAAAUCGCCGGACACGGGUUAUGAACGAGAAAUUAAACCACUGUGUAGAGCUGGCGGAUUUGAUAAGUUCAAACCUAAACGACAAGCAUCAUAUCCGACUGGAGUGGAUGAUAAUUAUCCUGAUUAUGGUUGAAGUGGGAUUUGAGAUUCUACAUUAUGUAGAUAAGUUUACGUAAGGUAAUCACCUUAAACGUAUAAAUACAGAAAUAUAGUCAAGACCUACAAGAUAA